AUUCCCAAGACCGCUUUAAGGUCAUUCGAAGGUCAUUAAUGAGGUGUGGUCAAGCAUCAUAGUAACCUAAAACUCUACGUUAUUUGUUAUUUUGCUGGUUUCACUGAGGUUCACUCACAGUUUCUUAACUUUGUUUUCCUAAUGUUUAUUUGGCUAGUCUGAAGGUCGUAACAAACCUUUAAAGGGCGUUAUUUUGCUUAUUCACAGGGUUCUCUGCAUAUUUCUUGUAUUAUUCCGGUACAUUCAUCGAACCAUCCACAAAAAUCCUAAACGAGCUAUUUAUGUUAAGCUUCUAUUUUGCGCCCAUCCCGGAAUCAGGGCCACCACAAAACUGAUUACAAAAUGUUUCGUUUGGCCCGAAAUUAUAAUUUCUGUUAUAACAGAAUAAAUACAAAUAACAUCAAAAAUCACUUACAAAAUAAGUUUGUCAUGCCUAUCUCCACAGACCUGUCAUUAUUUUACCGUUCAAUUUUCUCUCGGACCUUUGUAUCCUAGUAUUUUUCCCUCGAAUAGAAUAUCUGACUACUUUUCCGUUUAUUUACACAGAACUGUUUUGUUUCAUUGCUCGCUGUCAAUGUUAUAAAAAUGGACGAUACGGUUGGUCCCGCAGCCUAUGUCCUUUUUGAUGAACUAUACACCAAAGAAAAGGUUUUUCGCUCCAUAAUUACCAGCAACAAAACUCUAAAUAUUCGUCUACUGGGCAGGUAUGUGUACUAGUUUAUUGGUUUAAUUAUGUAUUGUGCUUGGAUCCAUGUUGAGUCUAGGUUGAGUGAAGCAUAAAUAAAAUAUUACAAAAAUAACCGUCUUAAGUACUUUUAUGAUUAUAUAUGGCCUAUUACUUAUGAAGAUUCUACUCCUGAACCAGUUAUUCCUAGUAACCAAAGUUAAGCAUUCAAACUUUCCAACUAAAUAUAUCAAGCAGCCCGUGUCAAGAUUACAGUCAAUAUCUACGGAUUAAAGUGUUAAUAACUUUCAUCUAUACUGACUUGUUCUCGUCUAUCAACAUGUUUCCAGCUAACUAAAACUUCUCCAACCAUGGGCUAGUUAUUUCAACAUGUUCCCUAUCUAGUGCUCUAAGGAAAUAUGUAGGUUAUAUGUGUAAAUCCCUUAUCCUGGUAAGUCAGUCGAAUUUUUUGCCUAGAUUUGGUAGAUUAUUAUCACACUGUAGCAUAUCUUAAACACUGUCGAAUUGCUUGAUUGCUGAAUGUGCGGACAGGAGUUUGUGUUUCGUAGCUCAGUGUCAUAAUUAUUUAAAAGUUAAUAUUUGUCUUCUAUUUAGAAGUCUGUUUAGAUUGUAGGUACGUUGAACUUUUGAAUGAAAGCUUGAUUUCUCAUUUUGCAACUUUUUUACAAAUCCUUUAUUUAUUUCAUAUAUGGCAUGUAGAUUUUCUGCAUUCAAAGCUGAUAGCAAUCUGGUUGAACUGUUGUCCCCAUUUCAAGGUGGUGCUAUUCCUUGCGUUAUCGUCAAUGUAAAAUAUCUAACUGAAAACCAGAAACAAUGUUUUUCAAGUCAGACAGCUAAUGAACGCUUGAUACAAUUUAUUGGGGAGUUAAGUAUAUCAGAUGAUAAAAAACACUAUCACCUUACAGCGUUUUCAUUUACCUUUAUGGAUGGUGUGAGUUUGGAUUUAUAUAGAACUGUAACAAAGAUAACUCGAAGUUAUAUUGCCUACUUACCGUCUUUGUGAUUUAUUUUGAAACCCUUUUGUGUAUAUACUGCAGUUAUUCCUGUUUUUCCUAUGUGGUAAUUCAAUGAUUUGUUGAAACAAUGAAUAGAUUGUGAGUAAAAAAUUGUCAUUUUU